AUUGUAAGGAAAAUCUGGAAUAUAUAUAAAGCGAGCACGGAGUUACAACAAUAAUGCGAUCUAAAUUGUAUUCUCCUCAUUGGGAUUUUCUAUUGCUCAGCGUUCACCAAUCAGCAACAUGAGAACCGUAGUGACCCUGCUGUUGUUAGUAGCGGUGGUGCUCCUUGCCUCCGAAGGUGUGGAUGCUUGGAGAGGUGGAUUCGGAGGUGGUUGGGGGCGCGGCGGAUUUGGGCGUGGAUGGGGAUUGGGAGGUUGGGGAUGGGGCGGAUGGGGACUGGGCUGGGGUUGGCCUUACUAUGGCUAUGGAUGGGGCUGGCCCAUGUGGGGGGGAUGGGGUUUGUAUGGCAAAAAGUAAAAGUGCACCCUUUGACCUUUGCCAGCCGGCCAUAUUCAUCGAAUUUGGCAUUCGAUACCGUGAUAUGUUUUCCUACUCACCUGAAUUUAUGUGUACAGCGGACAUAAAUUACCAUUAUGUACAACCGUUCUCAAUGUGUACCAAAAUAUUCCUGUUGUUGCGUUUAGCGGCUUUCGGUAGUAACUUGUAGGAGCAUCUGUGCUCCAAGACUCCAAAUUGAAUAAAGUUGCUUGCCUUUGG